UCACACACCGACUGAUCAGGCUUUAGAUACUCACACACGCACAGAUCACACACAUCACAAAAAACAACAUUUGCAACCAGCAUGGAGUAUGGCAGCGUCAUCGUUUUUGGCAACAUUUCUGACAAUAACUCGGAUGAGUCUGGAGACUUUGAGCUGUACAUCCAGGAGCCCUGUGGCAGAGCGCUCAGCACCGACUUCAACAAGAUCUUCCUACCCACAGUGUUUGGAGUAAUCUUUCUUUUGGGGAGCAUUGGUAACGGAUUAGUCAUCGCUGUCAUGGGCUACCAAAAAAAGAUGAAAACGAUGACCGACAAGUACCGGCUCCAUCUCUCCGUGGCAGACCUCCUGUUUGUCCUCACGCUGCCGUUUUGGGCCGUGGACGCAGCCAGCAGCUGGUACUUUGGAAGUUUCCUCUGCGUGUUUGUGCACAUGAUCUACACGGUCAACCUGUACAGCAGUGUGUUGAUCCUGGCCUUCAUCAGCUUGGACAGGUACCUGGCAGUCGUGCGGGCUACCAACAGCCAGGAUACAAGGAAGCUGCUGGCAGACCGAGUGAUCUACGUGGGCGUGUGGCUGCCAGCCGCCGUCCUCACUGUGCCCGACCUGGUGUUUGCCAGGGUUCAAGACAAGAGUACGUCCAACUUCCUCUUGACACUGGACGACAGCUUGGAGACUGCGGAUUCCAGGAUCGUCUGUCAGCGCAUCUACCCGGAGGCGGCUGGCAUCAUAUGGACGGCUAUUUUCCGUUUCCAGCACAUCCUGGUGGGUUUCGUCCUGCCUGGCCUCGUUAUCCUCAUCUGCUACUGCAUUAUCAUCUCCAAGCUGUCGCAGAACUCCAAAGGCCAGGCGCUGAAGAAGAAAGCACUGAGGACCACGGUCAUCCUCAUCCUGUGCUUCUUCAUCUGUUGGCUGCCGUACUGCGUGGGCAUCUUUGUGGACACCCUCAUCAUGCUGGACGCCGUCCCUUCGAGUUGUCAGCUGGAGCAAGCGGUGGAGAAGUGGAUCUCUAUCACAGAGGCGUUGGCCUAUUUCCACUGCUGUCUGAACCCCAUCCUCUACGCCUUCCUGGGAGUCAAGUUCAAGAAAUCCGCCAGGAGCGCGCUGACCAUCAGCAGCAGGUCGAGUCAGAAAGUGACGCUGAUGACCAAAAAGCGAGGGCCCAUUUCCUCCGUGUCCACUGAGUCUGAGUCUUCUAGUGUUUUGUCCAGUUAACAAAAAGCACAACCAGAGACAAUAAAAGUAAAGAAAUAAAAAUAAAAAAGAUAAGCUUUAAUACAGCUUUACUUUAAAGCUUUACUACAUUUUGUACAGAUGUAAAGAAAGGGAUUUUUUAUACAUUUUGCUUUAUCUGCCUUUUACUGUAAUUGAGUAUCUUGUGAGGGGUUUUUGUUGCUUUUUUAAAUUCCUGUCAAUUCAGACUGUGUUGGGCUGAGCCUGAUUUGGUUCUUUAUCUGUAAUUUUCUCUUUCGUCACCUUUGCUUGCUCUACUUCUCUUAGGGGCGGUCGCUACUUUUUGAAACCUGUAAAUAGUUUGUAGAAUUUUGUGUGUUUGCACUUAAGUUGCUGUGAUUAAAGCUGUUAUUUAUUGCUGUCGCUCACACUGGACCUUAUGUAGGAGAAAAGUGCAUGCUGCUUUUGUAUUUUUUUUUUUCAUUAUUAUAUUUUAUUUUUAAUUUUGGUUGCAGAAUAAAACUUUUAAAAUGGUU